AUGUACCGCGGCAGCAGCAACAACAACAGCAACGCGAAGAUCCCGUGCCGCUUCUACAAGCAGGGCACGUGCCGCAACGGCAACAACUGCCGCUUCGCCCACGACAACGGCCAGCAGCAACAGCAGUACCAGCCCGUUUGCCCGUUUGCCAAGCCAUCGACGAGCCCCUUUGGCGGCGGCGGCAACCCCUUUGGAGGCGGCGCGCCAGCGAACAAUCCGUUUGGCGGCGGCGCGUCCUCCUCUCCGUUUGGCACCACGACGUCGACCUUUGGCGGCGCGGCGUCAUCGGGCGCUGGCUUUGGGCAAUCGCCCUUUGGCGGCGCGCCGGCAGCAUCGCCUUUUGGCAGUGCUCCCGCAUCGUCGCCGUCGCCAUUUGGGGGCAGUGGUGCGACGUUUGGCGCACCCUCGGCCAUGGGCGCAUCGACCUCGCCCUUCGCCUCCACCGCCAGCUCCUUUGGCCAGACAAGCUCCUUUGGAUCGACGGCGUCCAGUCCCUUUGCCGCGCCACCGGCCAACGCGCCGACGUCCAGUCCGUUUGGGCAAGGCAGUGCGGCGUCCUCGAGCCCCUUUGGCCAGCCGUCGGCGCCAGCGAGUCCAUUUGCGCAGCCACCUCCGAGCUCCGCGAGUCCGUUCAGCCCGCCGGCACCGUCGCCCUUUGGCCAAGCGUCCGGUGGUAGUCCGUUCGGCCAGUCCACGAACAGCCCGUUUGGGACACCCAGCACAACCUUUGGUCAAGCACCACCACCUGUCAACAGCCCGUUCGGCCAGCCGCCAAGCAGCUCUCCGUUCGGCCAGCCAUCGUCGAACUCUGGCUUUGGCCAGUCGUUUGGCGCGAACCAAUCGAGCGCCGGGAAACCCGCCAACACGAUCCCCGACUUGCCCGAGGUGGCGGCGAAAAAAGCCACGCGGGUCAAAGUCCAUGACACGUCGGACGUGGCGUGGGCCAAGACGCAGUUCGAGGCGCCUGCAUUCGUGUACGGCAGCGUCCCGGUUGUCGCGCCGCCCCGCGAGCUCUGUUAG